AUGUCCAAUCCAUCUGAUCGGAAUCCGGUCCCGGACCAGGCUGAAUCUGACGCCUGGUUCCCGUCGCCAUUCUCCCUGACGCAAUACGUGCCUUCAAAGACCGAUUUUGACGGCGCGGACUAUCCAAACGCGUACAAGGGCGGCAGAUGGAAAAUUAUCCUCAUUGCGACGCAGGAGCGAUAUCUGAAAAUGUCCGGCGGCGAGUUCUUCUCCACAGGCAAUCAUCCAGUCGAGAUGCUCCUCCCGGUGCUCCACCUCGACGCGGCCGGCUUCGAAGUCGACAUCGCCACCAUCUCCGGUGACCCGGUGAAGCUUGAGAUGUGGGCGUUUCCCAAGGACGACGUCGCGGUCAAGAACAUCUUCGAGAAAUACAAGGACAAACUCCGUCAACCGCUGAACCUGGAGGAGGUCUGGGGCAAGGGAUUUACGAAAGACACGCCGUACAUUGGCGUGUUCGUUCCCGGUGGACACGGUGUCAUGAACGACGUGCCCUUCUCACGCACGGUGGGCAACAUUCUGCGGUGGGCAGAUGCCCACCAGCGCUACUUUAUUUCGCUCUGCCACGGACCAGCCAGCAUGCUGGCCGCCAACGUGGACAAGCCCGCGGGCAGUAAAUUCAUCUACGAGGGGUAUAAGAUCAACGUCUUCCCGGAAUCGCUCGACCGAGGGCCCAACGUCGAGAUCGGAUACAUACCGGGCAAGAUGCCGUGGCUCGUCGGCGAGGAACUCCGCAAGCUGGGCGUCAUCCCGCUCAACAAGGGUAUCACGGGUGAAACACAUCGAGACCGCUAUGUCCUCACGGGUGACUCACCAUUGGCGUCCAAUAAUCUCGGAAAGCUAGCUGCGCGGACUAUUCUCGACGAGCUCGCGGAACACGCCUAA